UCAGGGAAUCUUCCGGAGUACCCAGAACCAGAAGACUUUGAACUCCCAGAAGAAGAGACAGAGGAUGGAGGAGGUGGAGGAAAGGGAGAUGAGGACAGUGAUGAGGAAUUGCAGUCCCCUCCUGAGGACUUGGAGGUCCCCUUUGAUGAGAACCGUGUUGGAGAUUUGGAAGAACCAGAGAAGGAGAAUGAAGGAGAGUCCAAGUGCGACCUGGAAGAAGUAGAAAAGGCAGAACCAGAACCAAAUGACUUGGAGGAUACUGGGGAAGCUGAAAAAGCAUCCAUUGACGAGGAAGAAUUGGGCCAGAACCCAGAAGAACCAGAAGCAAAAGGAUCGAAAGAAGAGCAUGAAGAAGGGAAGGGAAAGAUGGAGGAGAUGGGAGAAGAGGCAAAUGAGGAGCAUGAGGAAGAAGUGGGAGCAGGGCAGGACCAGCGACCGUCAGAGCAUCCAGAUGUGGAAGCAGAUCCACGGGAUUCUCAACAUGGGAAGAAGCAGGAUGAUGCGGAUGGGGACGAAGGAAGAGGCCAGAAGUGCGAGACUGUACCAUUUGCAAAAGAGGAAGGGAAGAAAGAGAAGGAAGGAAUUGGGCUUGCUGAGAUUCAGAAAGGCCAAGGACAUGAAGGCUCUGCCCUUCAGCACCCAGCUCCUCUUGACAUGGAGCAGAAGGAUGAAGAUGAUCCCAUGACACACCUUCCUGCAAAAAAGAGACGUGUGGAAGACGUAGACACAAAGCGGACUUUGGGUCGACCAGAAGAGGGAAUCCGGCGAGAUAUAAUUGCCUUGGAUGCUGAUGAUAGAAAGAAGGAUGAUCAGAAGACAACAUCCAAAGAAUCAGAUUGGGAAACAUAUCAGCACAUGCAAGGGGAAGAGAAGAGAUUAGAGGAGAUGGAGAUUCAAGUAAUGGCUGGAGCCACUGAAGAACAGUCAAAGCAACAGCCUGCUCCAUCAAAUGAAGCAGAAGAGCAAUUCGAAGACAAGGAGGAGUCCAUGCUAAUGGAUGAUAUUGAAGAGGAAGAUGAGACUGAGGGAAAUGAGGCAUCAGAACUGGCAUUGACCCAAGGUCAUCCACACCCAGAGAGGGUACAGCCUGACCCUUCAUCUACAUCUGCCGAAAAGCCUACAGUAGCAGUAGAGAUCCCUGGAGAUGUGGUUCCUACUUCAUCUGUCACCAGAGGAGAGGAAAGCUUCAUGGAGACCCACUUAGAUCUCUUUGACCAACCCAAGCCUCAGUCAGGCCCUUUGGGAUCCCUAGAGUCUCCUGAUUCUGAUCAGUGGUGUAGCAUUGGAGGAGGACAAGGUAGUAAAGAAGUGUUGGAGCAUUGGCAAGCAGUGGAAUUGCGAGUCAUGCCAUUGGCUCAAUCCCUGUGUGAGCAGUUGCGCCUCGUCCUCGAACCCACACUUGCUGCCCGCCUCCAAGGCGAUUAUCGCUCUGGCAAGCGCCUCAACAUGAGAAAGGUGAUCCCAUACAUUGCAAGUGGAUUCCGCAAGGACCGCAUCUGGCUGCGACGGAGCAAGCCAUCACGGCGGGAGUAUCAGGUGAUCCUUGCCCUGGAUGACUCCUCUUCUAUGAGCGAUAGUCAGGCCAAGGAAUUGGCCUUUGAUUCCUUGGCUUUGAUUUCCAAGUCCUUGAGUCUCCUUGAAGCUGGACAGCUGGCUGUACUUGCCUUUGGGGAACAUGUCAAUAUCGUUCAUCCUUUCCGGGAACCUUUCACUCCCAGCUCAGGUCUCAGGCUUUUGGAGCAGUUCACAUUUGAUCAGAAGAAGACACGUAUCUCUGAGCUUCUGAGUGUUUCGAAUCAGUUGUUUGCAUCAUCUCGCAUGGAACUACGAGGCCGCCGUUCAACAUGGGAUGUGGCCCAGCUCCUCCUCAUUGUGUCUGAUGGCCGUGGCCUCUUCUAUGAGGGGGCCACCUGCAUCCGUGAUGCUGUUCGACUCCUCCAAGAAUCAGGCAUCUUUGUUGUCUUCAUUGUUGUUGACAAUCCUGAUCAC